GAGUGGAGCGGUGGCGCCCGCCGUCCCCCUCAGAGGGGCGCUGGCGCGCGGGGUGGAGCGCCCUGUUAUCUGUGGGAUUCCGCGUUCGCCUCAGCGGGAAGGAGCGAGCUGCGCGGCUGGCGAUGAGCGGCACGGGGGACGAGGGCCCGGAGGUCGGUGCCGGCCCGGCCGGGGGCCGCGCUGAGCCCGAGGCCCCGGGCAGCGCGCUGAGUGUGGACCUGCCGGGGCUGCUGGGGCAGCUGGCGCGCAGCUUCGCGCUGCUGCUGCCGGUGUACGCCCUCGGCUACCUGGGCAUGAGCUUCAGUUGGGUGCUGCUGGCGCUGGCGCUCCUCGCCUGUUGCCGCCGGAGCCGCGUCCUCAAGGCCAGCCGCCUGUUCCGCGCGCUGGCGCUGCUGGAGGACGAGGAGCGAGCCGUGCGCCUGGGGGUGCACGCCUGCGAUCUGCCCGCCUGGGUUCAUUUUCCAGACACUGAAAGAGCAGAAUGGCUAAAUAAGACUGUAAAGCACAUGUGGCCCUUUAUUUGUCAAUUUAUAGAGAAGCUCUUUCGAGAAACCAUAGAGCCAGCUGUGCGGGGAGCAAAUGCCCACCUCAGUACCUUCAGCUUCACAAAAGUGGACGUGGGUCAGCAGCCCCUUAGAGUCAAUGGUGUUAAGGUUUAUACUGAAAAUGUAGACAAAAGACAAAUUAUUCUGGACCUUCAGAUUAGUUUUGUAGGAAAUUGUGAGAUUGAUUUGGAGAUCAAACGAUAUUUUUGUAGAGCUGGUGUGAAAAGUAUUCAGAUUCAUGGGACAAUGCGGGUGAUCCUGGAGCCCCUGAUUGGAGACAUGCCUUUAGUUGGAGCAUUGUCAGUCUUCUUCCUUAGGAAACCACUUUUGGAGAUUAACUGGACAGGACUGACAAAUCUGCUGGACAUCCCUGGACUGAAUGGUUUAUCUGAUACUAUCAUUUUGGAUAUAAUAUCAAACUAUCUGGUGCUUCCCAAUCGAAUCACUGUUCCUCUUGUCAGUGAAGUUCAAAUAGCACAGUUGCGGUUUCCCAUACCAAAGGGUGUCCUAAGGAUUCAUUUUAUUGAAGCUCAGGAUCUUCAGGGAAAAGACACCUAUCUUAAAGGCCUUGUCAAGGGAAAAUCAGACCCCUAUGGAAUUAUCCGAGUGGGCAACCAAAUCUUCCAGAGUAAGAUCAUCAAAGAGAACCUUAGUCCAAAGUGGAAUGAGGUAUAUGAGGCUUUAGUCUAUGAGCACCCUGGACAAGAAUUGGAGAUUGAACUCUUUGAUGAAGAUCCAGACAAGGAUGACUUCUUAGGAAGUCUUAUGAUUGAUCUUAUUGAAGUCGAGAAGGAGCGCCUUCUAGACGAAUGGUUCACUCUGGACGAGGUUCCAAAAGGAAAGCUGCAUUUGAAGUUAGAGUGGCUCACACUGCUGCCAGAUGCGGCAAACCUGGACAAGGUUCUGGCAGACAUCAGAGCUGACAAGGAUCAAGCUAAUGAUGGUCUUUCAUCUGCACUGCUGAUCUUGUAUUUGGAUUCUGCAAGGAACCUUCCGAGUAACCCCUUAGACUUUAACCCCGGUGUCUUGAAGAAGUCUGCAGUUCAGAGAGCUUUAAAGUCAGGGAAGAAAAUAAACAGCAACCCAAAUCCUCUUGUCCAGAUGUCAGUUGGUCACAAGGCUCAAGAGAGUAAGAUUCGAUACAAAACUAGUGAACCAGUGUGGGAGGAAAACUUCACUUUCUUCAUUCACAACCCCAAGCGCCAGGACCUUGAAGUUGAGGUCAAAGAUGAACAGCAUCAGUGUUCUCUGGGGAGCCUGAGGAUCCCGCUCAAUCAACUGCUUAUGAGUGACAACAUGACCAUAAACCAGCGGUUCCACCUCAGCAACUCGGGUCCAAACAGCACCUUAAAAAUGAAGAUUGCCCUCCGGGUCCUCCAUCUUGAGAAGCAAGAAAGGCCUCCAGACUACCAGCAUUCAGCUCAAGUGAAGCGGCCCUCUGUUUCCAAAGAAGGGAGGAGAAUCCCUGUCAAAUCGCAGACGUCUGUGUCUCCAGGCACCGGUGGUAGCAACACUGCUCCGUCAACACCAGUCAUGGGAGUUGAGGAUAAGCCUGUCAGGGAGGAGAAGCCCCAGCCCCCUGAGGCCAGCCCUCUAGGGCAGCGUGACCUAGGCAGGAGCUCCUCCAGCCUCUUGGCCUCUCCAAGCCACAUCUCAGCCAAGGAACCCACCCCAAGCAUUGCCUCAGACAUAUCACUGCCAAUUGCCACCCAGGAGCUGAGGCAAAGACUACGUCAACUAGAAAAUGGGACAACCCUGGGACAGUCUCCCCUGGGGCAGAUCCAGCUGACUAUCCGGCACAGCUCCCAGAGGAAUAAGCUCAUUGUGGUUGUGCACUCCUGCAGAAACCUCAUUGCCUUCUCAGAAGACGGCUCUGAUCCGUAUGUCCGCAUGUAUUUAUUGCCAGACAAGAGAAGAUCAGGAAGAAGGAAAACACACGUGUCCAAGAAGACCCUCAACCCCGUGUUUGAUCAGAGCUUCGAUUUCAGUGUUUCGCUGCCUGAGGUGCAAAGGAGAACACUGGACGUAGCGGUGAAGAACAGUGGUGGCUUCCUGUCCAAAGAUAAAGGGCUUCUUGGCAAAGUGCUGGUUGCUCUGGCAUCUGAAGAACUCGCCAAGGGCUGGACCCAGUGGUAUGACCUCACAGAAGAUGGAACAAGGCCACAGGUGAUAACGUAGCCACGCUGGAUGUAAGGCCUAUUUCUCAAUAUAUCGUACCACCUCAACAUGGAACACACCCUCUUGCAGAUGUACCAAUGCUAUUUUUAUAAUUUUAAGUAUUGAGUUAUACAUACCUUAAUUUUAUAAAACUGUUGGCAUUGUAGGAAAAUUUGGCCAAUAUUCCUGUUAAAUUUCCCUGCUGUGUUCCCUCCAGUGCUUGAGCAGGCACUGCAGUGUGCAGUGGAGUAGUGAUGUGUUCUGUGCUGUGUGGACCCCGUCAGCACGCCUGCUGCACAGCAGACACCUGCACUUGCUUAUUUCUGCCUUGUCCUGCGUCCCGGAGGUGUACUACACCAUGUAAAUAGACUCUGUUUUUUAUAAUAGCUACAUGCUGGUUUGGAUAAAGAAGAAAAUGUAUCAAGGAAAUACAUAUUCUCUUCUAAAACUUAUUAAAUUCUGUGACAAAUAAUCAUUUUCAUCUUUUCAGCAAAAACUUCUUAUAGAUCUGUUGUGUGGUAUGGCUUUUUUAAGGGAAAAAUGGAAAAUUAUUAAAUAUUAGGAUAUUUAAAUCUAGUAUGAAUGAUAAAAGAAAGUGUUCAAAUUAUUAACAUUAUUGUAAAUAGGAAGAUAUAGUGAGAAGUCAGUGAGUGGCUUAUUAAAAAAUUUGUAUAACUGAGUAAGAGGUAAUACCAAGAGUAUUGUCAAAGCUCAUGAAUCACAGUAUACUCAUCUGAAAUUUAUUACAUAAGAAAGAAAUGUGCUGUUUGUUUGUAAUUGUUUGCUAUAACUGAUUCAUGAAAUACUGGAGAGAGAUACAUGCCAGGUGUGGUACUUCAUACCUGUAAUCCCAGGAUAUGGGACGCCAAGGCAAGAAAACCAAGAGUUAGGCAGCAAGACCUGAUCUUGGGAAAAGGAAAUGCAUACUUUAUAGUUUGUCCAAAGCAUAGGAACUAAUCUCCAAUAUCAGGAGAUAAGGUGUUGUCCAGAUUGGAUGCAAACCUGGUUUGUUUCGUCCAUGUUUCUAACCCUAUAAAGACAGCCUGUUGUUAGUGUAAAGUGGUGAAACAGACUGAACGAGUACAGGGGUGUCCUGCUAAACACUGACAGUGCACUUGCUCUUGGCGGGAGAAGCUGGCUCUAUGCCCAUCGCAUAGGAUACACACCUCUGGACGGAGCUUCCUGUGCUUUCCCUGAUACGUGGGACCUCACAGGACAAAGAGAGAGAUCCUGCCCAGUGCCAGCAACGGCAGCUGUCAGUGUUGCCGUUUUCUGGAUGUUCUCAGUUUGUGCCAUGUCAGAUCAUAUUAGGAUAGUAUUAUGCAAUUUUUAUUUUAGAAUCCUUUUUUCCUUUUAGAUCAUGAAAAGCAUGUUUUACAUAGGUAAGAGUCCCCCAGAACCUCUUGUGAGGUGAGGCUAUAUCACAGUAUUAUAAGCUAUGCAUGUCUGUAAACAAAAUACGCACAAGUAUAGGAAGAUUUUCAGUAUGCAUUUUAAGUUACAGGAUGAAAAGGGCUUCUCAGCUAUGAGCUCAUUUAAAACUAUGUAUACGUAUAGCAGGAAAAUACAGCUUUGAUAUCAAAAUUGGAGUAGUUCUUUUCACAUGCUUCCUGGAACUAAACAACCUAUGGGAAGCUUAUGUGACCAAACAUACCAAAGUGCCUCUGAUGAAUACUGAGUGUUCCUUUUACACUCUCCUCCUGUCUAGCAGAUGAAAGUGUGCCUCAGUUUGUAAUGUACCAUGGGUGCAUUUGUAAUGGAGUCUGUGGCUCUUCACAGCACAUCCCAGAUAGUCAUAGGGCCAGAGUAACCUCACUCUCCUGUCUGUUGACACCAUCCUUUGAAUCCUGUUUAUAAAUCUUUUUCUAUUAGUGUGCAGGAUUGGUUUUUCUGGGAGAAAAUUGAUGUGUAUGUCACACACAUGAACAUAUGCACGUGAAACAUUUAAGGGUGGCAGGUUAGUCACAGGAGAAAGACAGGUAAUAUCUUAUUAAAACUAGUUGCAUGACCAUGAUAGAUUUUUUUCCUUAAGUAUCUUUUUAAUUAGGUCCACUGAAGGGCUUCUGUCAUAAUCUAUAAAGGAGAUUUUCUUGCUGAAAUUUUAUCAGGUCAAUGGUUUUUCAACAACAACUUUAACAAAUGGUUUUGUACCCAUAUGCUUAAUCUGUUCAGUGUGUAUUUUAUUUAAUGGAAUAUUUUUCUUAACAAUUAGGGAAAUUGAGUAUAGUUAAGGAUACAAUCCCCUAAUAAGUCAGUGUAACAUCUCAGAAUGAUGCCCUCUGCUGCAGUCACAAAAGCUGGCACCAGGUUCAGAUAGAGUCUCCCCACCUGCAUCAUAUGAGUCCUCUAGUAGCUAUCUCCAUACUCUUUGGAAAGGAGAGAGCAAGUCCAGUAAUGCCAGCCCACCUCCUGGUUGUAGUCCUGUGUCUGGCACAUUCCCGUGUCCUGAAGCUAGAAGAUACUGAGUUCUCAAAAUGUUAACUUUUGGUUUUUAGUGACUUACCUAGGGAAAAAGAACAUUUAAGUUUUCUACUCUGAGCCAAACCAAUGAGGGGAAAUUAGUGAUUGGAAGUACAGCUCCACGAACUUCUUCACGUGGUGGCUCAUCCUGUGCCUUAAAGUACAAAGGAAUCUGAGUUUCAGAUGAAGACAGAAGCAGCCUUGCAACUAUAUUUCCACCACUUGUAUUCUGCACUCUAGAUUUCCUCCACAGGCAGGCCUUAUGCAGAGGUCAGUCCUCAAGAGAGUUUAGGAUUAUUUCAGAGAGCACAGGCUGCUGGAUAUGUGUCCUCUGGUUGCUGCAAUGACAGUCCCAUCUAGAUUACCCACUGUAGGGAGGCUAUAGAGGGUUGGUUUUUGUUUUUUUAAUCAUAGAAAGUGUUUUUUGCUUAAUUAAUUUUACAUAACAGCACAUGUAUUUAUUCAAUAAAACUUUUGUUAGCUCACUUGUAA